GUGCGUUGGAAAAGCCUCUGAGAAUAUGAGUGAAGAGACGGCCCCCGAGGCCACCUCCCCUCCGCCACCCCAAGGCCAGCAGUACUUGGACCGCUUCUCCGAGGAGGACCCUGAGUACCUUCGCCUUCGCCACCGCGCGGCUGACCUGCGGCAGGACUUUAACAUUAUGGAGCAGAAGAAACGCGUCACCAUGAUCCUACAGAGUCCGUCUUUCAGGGAGGAGCUGGAAGGUCUCAUCCAGGAGCAGAUGAAGAAGGGGAACAACUCCUCCAACAUCUGGGCCUUGCGGCAGAUCGCGGACUUCAUGGCCAGCACCUCCCAGGCCGUCUUCCCAACAUCUUCCAUGAAUUUCUCCAUGAUGACGCCCAUCAAUGACCUCCAUACAGCCGAUUCCUUGAACCUAGCCAAGGGUGAACGGCUCAUGCGAUGCAAGAUCAGCAGCGUCUACCGUCUCCUGGACCUCUAUGGCUGGGCCCAGCUCAGCGAUACCUAUGUCACGCUGAGAGUCAGCAAGGAGCAGGACCACUUCCUUAUGAGCCCCAAGGGGGUCUCCUGCAGUGAAGUGACUGCCUCCAGCCUGAUCAAGGUGAACAUCCUAGGAGAGGUGGUGGAGAAGGGCAGCAGCUGCUUUCCAGUGGACACCACGGGCUUCUGCCUGCACUCAGCCAUCUACGCAGCCCGGCCUGAUGUGCGCUGUAUUAUUCAUCUGCACACGCCAGCCACAGCAGCAGUGUCAGCCAUGAAGAAGGGUCUCCUACCGGUCUCCCACAAUGCUCUGCUGGUGGGAGACAUGGCCUAUUAUGACUUCAAUGGGGAAAUGGAGCAGGAAGCAGAUCGGAUCAAUCUGCAGAAGUGCCUUGGACCCACCUGCAAGAUCCUGGUGCUAAGAAACCAUGGCGUGGUUGCCCUGGGCGACACUGUGGAGGAGGCGUUUUAUAAAGCCUUCCACCUGCAGGCAGCCUGUGAGGUGCAGGUGUCUGCAUUAUCUAGCGCUGGGGGAGUGGAGAACCUCAUUCUUCUGGAGCAGGAGAAACACCGCCCACAUGAAGUGGGUUCUGUCCAGUGGGCAGGGAGCACCUUUGGACCCAUGCAGAAGAGCCGACUGGGGGAGCAUGAGUUUGAGGCCCUCAUGAGAAUGCUGGACAACCUGGGGUACAGAACAGGCUACACAUACCGCUACCCCUUUGUUCAAGAGAAAGCCAAACACAAGAGUGAGGUGGAGAUUCCGGCCACGGUCACUGCCUUCGUGUUUGAGGAUGAUGGUACUCCUGUCCCCAUGCUGCGGCAGCAUGCACAGAAGCAGCAGAAGGAGAAGACCCGCUGGCUCAACACACCCAACACCUACCUGCGGGUCAAUGUGGCGGAUGAGGUGCAGAGGAGCAUGGGUAGCCCCAGGCCCAAGACCACGUGGAUGAAGGCAGACGAGGUGGAGAAAUCUAGCAGCGGCAUGCCCAUCCGGAUUGAAAACCCAAACCAAUUUGUGCCUCUCUAUACUGACCCCCAAGAAGUGCUGGACAUGCGGAACAAGAUCCGGGAACAAAACCGCCAGGAUGUGAAGUCUGCAGGGCCUCAGUCCCAGCUCCUGGCAAGCGUCAUCGCUGAGAAGAGCCCGUCUACAGAGAGUCAGCUGGCGGCCAAGGGGGAUGCAGAUACCAAAGACGAUUCUGAGGAGACGGUGCCCAACCCCUUCAGCCAACUCACUGAUCAGGAGCUGGAGGAGUACAAGAAAGAGGUGGAGAGGAAAAAACUGGAACUAGAAGGAGAGAAAGAAACCGCCCCAGCAGAGCCUGGCUCACCUGUAAAAUCUGCGCCUGCUUCUCCAGCCCAGAGCCCAGUGAAGCCAGACACAAAGAGUCCUGUGGUCUCUCCAGCCAAGUCUGUAGAGGAAGGUGCUAAGAAGACAGAAACAAGCAAAACCACUACAGAGCCCCCAACAACACAGCCAGAAGGGGUAGUGGUCAAUGGGAGAGAGGAAGAGCAGACCGCAGAGGAAAUUCUCAGCAAAGGCUUGAGCCAGAUGACCACCAAUGCCGACACGGAUGCUGAUGUUUCCAAGGACAAAACUGAGUCGGUCGACCAGCGGCCCCUCUCUCCAGAGGGCUCACCUUCCAAGUCUCCUUCAAAGAAGAAAAAGAAAUUCCGAACCCCAUCAUUCCUGAAAAAGAGCAAAAAGAAGGAGAAAGUGGAGUCCUGAUUUGUAGCA